AUGGCCGACGACCACACACCCUCUCCUUCGUCCGGCCCGGUCCCCCUCCAGCGAGGCAAGGCCUGUCUCCGCUGCCGCAAGCGCAAAAUGCGGUGCGACGGCACCCGGCCCGCGUGCGCUCAAUGCGUCCGUGCGAAGAAGGGAGACACAUGCGAGUUCGACGACGGCAAGGGCAAGACCAGGACCCAGCUCAUGCGCGAGCACAUCGCCCGCCUCGAGCUCCGCGUCAAGGAGCUCGAGAGCCCAGAGCAGUCCGCCCCCUCCAUGACCCUCUUCGACCCCCACGCCAUCUCGCCCUACUACUCCGAGUCCUCCUCUUCCUCCAGCUACGACUCGCCCGGCAAGCUCAGCUACUCCGCCUCCGCAUCCCCCACGCCCUUCCCUUUGUCUGACCAGGACCCGCGCAGGGGCAUGCUCAGCCCGCUUUCCCUCGACUCCCCCGACGUCGACCCCAGAGCGUGGGACCAACUAAACUUUGCCGACAUUCCUUCCCUCCCGGCAGUCGACUCCUUCAACGGCGUCGAGCCCCCCCUCGACCACAUCCUCCUCGAGAUCUUCCUCCCCCAUCGUCUUCAGUGCGGCCUCGAUGUCCAUGUCGGUCGUCUGCGGGAUUCUCUCACCCUUCCCGCCGCUGAUCAGCGUCACCCCGCGCUCAUGAACGCCAUCUUCCUUUGGGCAUGCUUCAUUUCACGACCCGGCACUCUCAGUCAAUACGAGCAGCUCUAUCUCUCCCGCGCCACCUCUUUCGGCGACGCCAUGCAGUUCACCUCAAAGCCGAUCGAUCUCAUUCAGGCCUCGUGUCUGCUCUCCCUCUACUUCCUCUCCAACGGACGUAUGCUUGAGGGCAGCUACCACGCCUCGGCAGCCUCCACGCUUGCCGUCCAGUGUCGCCUCCACCAGAUCGGCUCCGAGGACCGCAUGCUUGCUCCUGACAAUUGGGACUCGUCCUUCGAGCUCCCUCCUCCCAAAGACAGCAUCGAGCGCGGGGAGCGUAUCUCAACUUUCUGGCAGGUCUAUAAUCUCGACCGCUGUGCGUCCGUCAUGUUGCGGAGGCCCGCCACUCUCCCGGAUAGCGACCAUCCGUGGGCCUCUAUCACGACUCCAUGGCCACAGCGCAUUGAGGACUAUGAGGACGGAGAUCUCGACGUUGGUACCGGUUCACCCACCAUCCGAGCGUUCUUUGUCCAGCAGUCGCAGUCGACCUCGUUGAGCGGCUUUUCCAUCGGCGCACUCAGAGUGAAGGCGUCGGCGUUGUACGAAGGUGCGAACCGGUUGUCUUCGAGCUGGAGCCCUAGGUCUCUCGCGUCCAGUUCCUUCUCGGACAACUUCAACGCCUUCGAACACAGCAUCAUCCGCUUCACGGCAACCUUACUUCCCCUUCACCAAGUUGGCGGUGCGAUCCCCGAGGACAAGUACGCGUUGGUUGCUAUUCACAGUCUCGCGCACGCGUCCAUGAUUCGUCUUCACGCGCCAUUUAUGCGUGAUGACGGGGUCUCUCGCGAGAAGUGCCUCCGCGCGGCACGCUCUCUCAUCCACAUCACGAAGCUCAUCACAGACUCGGAUUUCGACUUCCUCGAUCCGAUCAUGGGCUCUUGCUGGUCUAGCGCCGCAAAGGUGCUUGAGAGCGAACUCAGCCGCUUGCAAUCGUCGUGGCCCGAUCCCCUCAACACGAUGGAGGUUCGGACUGAUUUGGAGGCAUUGCUCUACGUCAUGACGAAGCUUGGCGCCAGGUUACCCAUCGUCGCCUACCACUCCGCGAAAGUUCAAAGCUGCCUAGACGGCGAGUGA